AUGACGACGCUCACACCGAGUCCUGCAGCGAUCUCGAACAAAACCAGGUACUCCAUCUCCCGCAUCCCUGCCACAGUCGUCGCCGACGAGAGGGAUCCAGAUCCCGAUGAUGAGCCUGUCAAGGACGACGAUGGCGGUGAUCCUUUGUUGAUCGUAGAAGCAUUCAUCCUAGACGAGGUGAUUGACAAAGGAGCGAAAAGUCCCGAUAGGUCCCAUGCUGCAGUAUGCUCGAACAGUGGCGACCACUCCACCUUCCUGGCCGUGUCCAUAUCCCCCACUGUAUGUGUGCUCGAGAUCUGCGCCCGAGUUUCCAUUCAACAUGCUUAUCCUGCCAUCCGCACUCAAGGUUUUACUAUUACUGCUACCAUCCCCAGCAGUCGAGAACAGUUCCAUCUUCAGAGCCCGUCGAUGGACGUCCAAGACCUGCAUGGCCACGACCCAGAUAUUGAACAGGACCAUGCACUGUCCAUGAGUCCCAAAUCGCUGGACGAGUUUCGCUCCCUGGAUCUGAAGUAG